AUGCCGCGGAAGCGGACAAGAGACGAGAUGGAGGCCUCUGAGCCUCCGGCUCAUGCACCCCAGGAUACCUCACAAAUCCACAAGAUAAGAAAUAUGUGGGAGUUCGCAAGCGUCAUGCAGUACAUCCACAUAUUUGGGAAGGCUGUCAAGAUUGACAGCGAUUUCGACAUCGAGGAUUUCGAAGAAGAGUGCCUGAAACCAACAUACUCAGAAAAACUUGAGGAGAUCGGCCUCACCUUGCUGAAAUGGAUCUCGUCGUUCCGUGCCCUUGACUACUCCAAUUGGGAUGAGUACACCCGCCGACAAUACUUAGCUAAAAUGCCUCACCUCAAUCCUUAUGGUGAUGACGAGCAGCCCAAGCGCUUCCGUGACUUCGAUAUCUUCCUCAAGAUUCGCAUCCUGCAUCAGCUCACAGUCUGGACGUUUUUCAAUCCCGAUCGCAUUCGCGAGAGAAUGCCUGAGCAACCUACCGAGUCUCGGCAAGUCGAAUGGCGUGUCGAAGAGUUUGGUUGGGAUCGUGAUGACCGUACAUACUACCUGCUGGACGAUGAUCGCUUGUAUCGCCGGACCGAACCACCCAUCCCGCCACCGCCCAAGGCAAAACCCAAAGCUACUUCCAAGAAGGCUCAGGCUGCUCGCCGUCGCGCAAGCAAGCGGCAGCGGAUAGAGGACUCCGAGACUCCUGAUGUUGAUGAAACCAGCGUUGACAAAGGUGAAGACGAAACCAAGCAAGGGAUACAAGGGACCCCAUCAGGCGCCGAUGUCGAUACCCUUGGAGGAUACAAAUGGGAGUGCGUCGCCAUCACCUUGUCAGACUACCAGGAACUCGUCGACUCAUUCAAGCGGACCAAGGAUCCCAACGAGCAGGCUCUGCGAGACCGGCUUGUAUCCGAUGUCGUCCCCAUAAUCGAAGCCGCCGAAGAGAAACAACGACGAAAGAUCGAACGCCGUGAACGUGAACUGCUAGCCAUGGAGAAAAUGGCGACCGCCAAACGCUCCAGCCGCAUUGCUGGUAAGUUCGAGCGUGAGAAAGCCGAGCGCGAGGCUGCCGAAGCGGAACGGAGACGUGCUGCUGAUCUCGCUGCUGCCCACCGCGAGCAAGAAAGACAGGAACAGAUGGACAACGACCGUCAAUCUCGGAUGAUGACGCGCGAACAACGAAUCAAAGAUCGCGAAUUCAAACGGAUAAUUGCUGAAGAAGAGCUUGCACGAGCCGCUGCGGAACAAGAGGCUAUCGAGAGAGGUGAAGCACGAGGCUCCGAACGCCAGGUUCGCGAACGCAUCGCCAAGAACAAGAAGAAGCUUGAUGAAAUCGCUAGCGAAGAUGACUGGACCUUUGACUGCUCUGGUUGUGGCGUCCACGGCAAGAAUGUGGAUGAUGGAUCUCACAGCAUUUCAUGCGACAGAUGCAACGUGUGGCAGCACAGCAAGUGUCUGAACAUUUCUGAGCAAGCUGCAGAACGGGAAGAUUUCAACUUUGUCUGUGCCGACUGCCGCAGAAAGGAAGAAGAGGCCAGCCGUCCCAAGAUCAUGCUACAGCUCAAGGUCGGCCAGUCUUCAUCACCUCCUCAGCCCAGUGCUGCUCUCACCUCCCCAUCUCCCCAGAAGCAGAGCUUUGCUGGUGUGGAGGGUCCUCGCCAGCCUGAGCACCAAGUACCAGCGAAUGGCUACCAGCCACAAGCGAAUGGUCCUGCCUAUGGUCCUCGACCUCCCCUUCCGGUCCAAAAUGGGCUUUCACCUUCUCAGUAUCCUCCGAACCCAGCAGCGCAGCGAAACUAUCCGUUCGUCAUGUCGCCAUAUCAGCAGCAUGCAACCAGUCCCCCACCCAUGCAGUCCAGCCCCCAGCGCUAUCCUCCCCUGCAGCCAGGUCAGCAAUGGGGCUAUCCUCCUCCAGCUGCGCAGCAUCCUCUCCAGAGACCAAAUUCUUCUGGCCAUCAGUAUGCGCCUCCGCAAUUCAAUGGUGCCGCCAACGGCUAUGCGCAUCAUAUGCAACCACAUCACUAUCCUCCCCCACUUCAGGCAACUGCUGUCCAUCCUGGUCGACCUCUAUCGUCAGAAGAUACCCCUCGGCCUCGAUCUUCCGGCCAGCCUAAUGGCCAACAGACUCCUGCUGCUCGCCUGCCCUCACCGAUUAUCAAUCGACCUGUCAUCACUCCGUCUCAGGGAAACUACGACGUCGGACCUGUUGCCGGCAUCCAAAACCAUCCAGCCCCACAAGCCCUCCCCAACGGAACCCCUACACCAAAUCUCGUCCCCCGAAACGGCCACGUUUCUUCAUCACCUCCUCUAUCCGGCGUGUCACCCGUCAAGCACUCCCCGUCUGCGCCGCCGUCAGUAAGCGGUACUCCUGUCUUCCCACCAGCUGCCAAGUUGGCCCCAAGCCCAGAGCGUGGCCCGCAACCGACCCCGAGUAAGCAGGGUGUGCAGCAGGAUCAGGGCGGUUCCUGA